CUCCCGUUCCCGAACCCUCCCCCCAAUUCCCCGUUCCCCACGCCCCGCCGCGCCGCUUCCCGCCCAAAUCCGCCCGAUCCCGGCCGCCGGAACCCUAGCCCGCGCCGCCAUGAUGAUCUCCGAGCUCUCCCCGGAGUACCACCGCCCGCCGCCGCACGCCGCGCACCUCACCGACCUCGCGCGGGUCGUCGCGGACGUCGAGCGGUACGACGCCCCCGACCCCUCCCCCCCGGAGAAGCUCGCCGCCGACUUCCGCCGCGUGCUCACCAACCUCGGCUCCGCCGCCUCGUCCCUCACCGACCCCUGCAGGCUCCAGAUAUGGAAGCUCGCCACCCGCCUCUGGAACGCCGUCGUCGACCGCGCCAACUCCGCCGCGCUGGCCCGGGGCCCCUCCGCGCGCGCCGCCGAGGCGGAGAUCAGGCAGGCGGCGCCGGAGAUCCUCCUCCUCGCCGGCUGCCCCGACGAGGUCCCCCUCGCCGCCGCCAAGGCCGCCUCCUUCUUCCUCCGCGCCGGCCAGGAGUGGCUCGACCUCGGCCGCGUCGACCUCGCCACCGCCUGCUUCGAGAAGGCCACGCCGCUCGUCUCCGCCCCCGCCGCGGAGGAGGAGCGGGACGUCCUGCUCGGCCUCAACCUCGCGCGGGCGCGCGCCGCGUCCGACGCGGGCGAUCAGUCCCUCGCCGUCGCGCUGCUCGGCCGCUCCAAGCCCCUCGCGUCCGCGUCCCCCAAGGGGACCAGAUCCCUCGCCGAGGGCUACCUGUCCGUCGGCGAGGCCGCGCUCUCCGCGAAACCCUCUGAUCCCGCCGUUGGAGCGUCCAGCCUCAUCACCGAGGCGCUAGAUCUCUUCGAGAAGCUGCCCUCCCCCUCCCCCUCCAGCGCCAGUCCCAAGACCCCGAAUCUCCAGCAGCAAAAGGGUCGAUGCCUCCGCUACCUUGCCCUCGAGCGUCUCGAAGCCAAGGACCACGAGGGCGUCCUGCGUUGUGUCCAGGUCUCCAGGGCUUCAGUGGGGCAGGCGAACGAGCACCCGAGCAUGGGGUUCAUGGCCCUGCACGCGUGGCUUGGUACCGGGAACUUGGCGGAGGCCGAGAGGGAGCUCGAGAGAAUCAUGGCCAACGCCAACGCACCAGAGAAUGUAUGCGUGGGGGCAGCUGAGGUGUACCUUGCCUCCGCGGGGUCUGAGGCUGCACGCAAGGUGCUCGUUGCGCUUGCUGCACGUUGCCGCGCAGGAGGUGCAGCUGCUGCUGUGAGAGUGGUGACCACGGUGGUUGAUGGUGGUAUCGGUAGCCCUGGGCGCGCAAGGGCAAUCGGUGAGCUCGUGUCAGAUGAGAGGGUGGUCGCACUGUUCGAUGGCCCGGCCAACACCAGUCACCGUAGAGCAAUGCAUACACUGCUCUGGAACUGCGGGUUUGAGCAUUUCAAUGCUAAGAACUACGAUAUAUGUGCGGACUUGUUUGAGACAUCGAUGCUUUAUCUAUCCCGUGAAGACGGAAGCAGAGUCCGGCGAGCACAGUGCCUCCGAGUCCUUGCCGUUUGCUAUCUAGCCCUUAAACGUCUGGAUCGAGCACAUGAGUUUGUCAAUGAGGCUGACAAGGUGGAACACAAUGCCCACUGUGCCUUUAUGAAGAUCAAAAUUCAUCUUCAGAAGAACGACGAGGACGAGGCUAUCAAGCAGAUAAAAACCAUGAUGGGUUGCAUUGACUUCAAUCCCUCGUCCCUAAUGCUCACAACUCAUGAGGCUAUUGCCUGCAAGGCUGUCCGGGUAGCAGUUGCUUCAUUGACCUUCCUUCUUGGUCUCUAUUCUCCCGGAAAGCCUAUGCCAGAGCGUGAGGUUACUGUCCUCCGCACUCUUAUUGAGCUCCUCCGUCGUGAGCAAGGUACUGAGGAUGAGAUUCUGAAGUACUCGAGACGUGCCAAGCUACGGAUGUCUGACCUUGGCGUGGAAGACUUUUUCGGCAAUGGACCUGUUGGGACGCGUGAACUGAACUGGUUUGCAGGCAAUUGCUGGAAUAUGGGUAGAAGGGUGGCAAAGGAGCAGAAGUAUGAUCUUAGUGCUGAGUUCUUUGAGCUUGCAGCAGAGUUCUUUGGUGGUGCAAGUAAUGAUGAGGGUGAUGGAAAUCGCCCCACACUUUGCAAAGCGUUAAUCAUGAGUGUCACUUCCAUGCUUCAAGCUGAGGAGCUAAACAAUUCUCCCUUGUCGGAUUCUGAUGUUAAAAAAGGUGUUGAGAUGCUCAGCAGAGCUGGCAAGCUAUUACCUUCAAUCUGGCCCUCGGUUUCAGUCGCCUCUGAUCAGGCUGAGGCCAACAACUUUAUGUUUCUUCAUACCUUCUACUCCUACCAACUCCUUGACAGGAUGGACACCAGCGCACAUCCUCAGCAGCUCCAACUAGUCAAGAACUUUGCUUCCUCUAAAGCAUGCACGCCGUCCCAUCUUCUCAAACUUGGAAAAGCUGCUUCUGAAGGCACCCCACCAAACCUUCUAGUUGCUGAAUUUUCCCUGAAGGCUAGCAUCAAGACCGCCCUUGCUUCUCACUCCCCAAACUACAGGGUAAUCAGUGCUGCCCUCAGGAACCUAGCCUGCCUUGCUGGCUUGCAAGACUUAAGUGGUAGCAAGAGUGAUGCAGUGUAUGAUGUAUAUCGACAAGCCUACCAGAUCAUGGUUGGACUGAGAGAUGGUGAAUAUCCAUGUGAGGAAGGGCAGUGGCUUGCAGUGACUGCCUGGAACAAGUCAUAUUUGGCUAGGCGGCUUAAUCAAGCUUCAGUUGGUAUAAAAUGGAUGAAGAUGGGAUUAGAUCUCUCUCGGCAUGUUGAGAGCAUGAAGCAGUAUACAGCAGACAUGGAGCAAUGCCUUGAGUACUUCCAGAAAUUGUUUCAUAGUGAAGCUGGUGAACAUGCUUUGCUCGGAAAAAACCCUGAUGAAUGUAGUCAGCAAGAGGGGGCACCAAGCACAAGUAUGUCUGGUAGCAUGUCUCAGCCUGUCUUAGUAUAGUAUAGAUGCUUCUAAAUGGGGCAGUUCACAACCAUAAAUAGAUCAUCGAGUUAUGUACUUGAGUGGUUGCAUAUGACAUGCCAAAUAUUGUCAGAUUUACAUCUCUAGUAAGUAUGUGGAUUCUUUGUCGAUAGUAACCAUGUCUGUGAAUUUAAUGCAUGCUGAUGUGUAGGAGAGAUCUGAUUGUUUGUAAUACAGCAACAUUAAUUUGGGAACCUACUGGAUUUGUUCAGGCAACCUUUAUGUCCAUUUUCUGUCAGAUUUGACUAAUCUCCUGAUGUCCCUAUCAUUCAAACUAUUAUAGUGGAAAACUGGAGAGGGGCAGAAAUACAUAAAGAAGAGAGUAAGGACUCACUGAAACCUUCUAUAGUCUACACAACCAUAUAACUACUUCAGAU